UUAUUUUAAUACUUGUACGAAGCAAAAUGAUUUCAAAACUGAGUAUUUUGUUUGUACCCUGUACAAGGAGUACAUUGUGGAGAAGCAAAUGUAAAAGAAUCAAACCUUAGGCAUGCUUACUUUUUGCCUUAUCUCCCUUUGUUUUACUCAAAACAUUGUCCAGAGCAUUACUCAAAAACUGUUAAAGGGAUUUUGCUGGAACUUUCCACAGUGAUGGAGGACAUUGAGUGAAAGUACAAAUACCAUAACUCUGCUUUUCUCACUUCUCAAGUUAUCUGCAAAUAUAUAUCAAUUGGUGGUAAGAUAUCAGCUCUAUUCCAGUGGACACCACAAACCUCAUCCAGCUUGAUAAUUCAUCGCCAAUGGAAAAUUCUAAAAUUUAAGCAGUUAUAGACAAAAGGAUAAAGGUGUCUUUACUUGACUUUAGUGGAGCAUAAAACUUAGAUGUAAACAUUUUUAUGGGACCCUCUGCCAAAAUUAUCCAGCUGUGAAACCAAGCAACAUAACAGACUUUUGAAUUACCCAGAAUAACACAGCAUCACUGACAUGGACAGGAUUGGAGAUACAUGUAUAUAUGUAGGUGACAGGGAUGCUGCGGAGUCGUUGCAGCGAUACAAUGGAGCAGAAAUAACACAUAUUCUCACAAUCGAUAAUUAUCCUUUGAAAUGGAUAGAGGAGAAUGGCAGCUACAAGUAUCUGUAUUGUCAAUGUCUUGAUAUGGAAACAGAGGACUUGCUUUCACAUUUUCAAAGUAUGUUUAAGUUUAUUGAUGAAGUCAGUGAAACACAGAAUGGAAAAAUUCUUAUUCACUGUUUUGCUGGUAUGUCUCGCAGUGUGACAGUAGCAGUUGGGUAUUUGAUGUACAAGAGCAAGAUUCCACUAGAUGCAGCCCUUCAUAUUGUUAAACAGUAUAGAGGAAGAGUCAAACCAAACCCAGGAUUUAUGAGGCAGUUGGAAUUAUUUGAACAGAUGGGUUGUACAAUAGAUGCUAAUAAUACUGUGUACAGACAGUAUAAACUGGAAGUGAUGGCCCAGAAUGUACAGGCAGGAAGCCUAGAGGUCAAGGAAACUGACCUUGCUGAAGAUGUAGGCAGCAACAAGACAGAAAAUUACUACAGAUGUAUGAAAUGCAGAAGAGCAUUGUUUAGAACUUCAAGUCUGCUUCCACACACAGCAGGUCAAGGUGAGGCUGCCUUUGACUGGCGUAGUAAAAUUCCAGCAAAUAAGCGACCAGUCUGUGAUUCAAUUGAAAAACAUGGUGACACAGUCUGUGAUAGAUCUUUAUUUAUUGAACCAGUGCAGUGGAUGGCAGGAUUUAUCAACCAGCUAGAUGGCAAGAUGAUGUGCCCAAAGUGUGAUUCUAAACUGGGUUCUUUUAUCUGGUAUGGAGAAAGAUGCCCAUGUGGAACGUGGGUUGCUCCAGCAUUUCAUAUUCAAAGCUCAAAGGUUGACUUAAUGAAGCCACGCCUACCAGUAGUGAUGAAACAAUCACAGAUCAGUACUGCAGCACUAACUGAAAAUUUUACUUUCUCAGGAGCUAGUGAUAAUAUUCAGUCAGAUAUAAAAAGUCCAACAUGAAGAUUGUGAAUUUAUGUUUAGAAUAAAUUUUAGCUGCAAUGA